CCAAGGACAGGCUGGACAGGGCUUGGAGCAACCUGGGAUAGUGGAAGGUGUCCCUGCCCAUGGAAUGAGAUGAACUUUUAGGUCACUCCCAACCCAAAUCAUCCUGUAAUUCUAAAUCAUGCACUGUAAAUUCUAUGUUGUUUCUGUCAAAGGUUUUGUGAGAAUUCAAACCAUUUCCCAUUGCCCCCAGUGGCAGCCACGUCUACCUAGACAUGCAAAGUUUUUGCAGGGCUUAAAGGGAAAGGCUGCUGUUGAAAUGUUUGUUGUCAGAGUGGUUGAGGUACCUAACAGUGGAGGGAGCAUUGUUAUUUCCCACCUCAUGCUUUCCCACCUGUUUCUUUCUGACCUCUGCAGAGCCACAGCCUUCCUUGAGAGUCCCUUGCUUUCAUUGCAGGCUGCAGCCAGCUGGUACUGAAGCCACAGACUACAGCAGAGGUGUCUCGAGUUCUCAGGUACUGCCAUGAGAAGAACCUGGCAGUGAAUCCUCAGGGGGGGAACACAGGCCUUGUUGGGGGCAGCGUUCCUGUCUUUGACGAGAUCAUUCUCUCCACUGCUCUUAUGAACCAGAUCAUCAGCUUUGACAAGGAAUCCUUGUGUGCCAAGCAGGCUGUGUGUUGGAAAGGCUCAAUGAGUACUUGGAGGAGCAGGGGUUUGUCAUGCCACUCGACCUGGGAGCCAAAGGCAGCUGUCACAUCGGGGGGAACGUGGCCACCAAUGCUGGAGGCUUGCGGCUCCUGCGAUACGGCUCUCUGCGAGGGACGGUGCUGGGCCUGGAAGUGGUGCUGGCUGAUGGCUCAGCUCUGGACUGUCUGACCUCUCUACGCAAAGAUAACACGGGCUAUGACCUGAAGCAGCUCUUCAUCGGAUCUGAGGGGACCUUGGGAGUUAUCACUGCUGUCUCCAUUCUCUGUCCUCAGAAGCCUAAGGCUGUGAAUGUGGCAUUCCUAGGGUGUCAGAGUUUUGCAAAGGUUCUGGAAACAUUCACAACCUGCAGAGCCAUGCUGGGCGAGAUCCUGUCUGCCUACGAGUUCAUGGAUGAGAAGUGCAUGGAAUUGGUUGAGAGACAUCUCAAGCUGUCCCGCCCAGUGACGGGCAGCCCUUUUUAUGUUUUAAUUGAAACUUCGGGCUCCAACUCAACUCACGAUGAAGAAAAAUUGAACAACUUCCUAGAACAGGCCAUGGUUUCAGGUUUGGUCACAGAUGGAACUGUGGCAACAGAUGAUAAGAAAAUAAAGGAGCUGUGGAGCCUGCGGGAGAGAAUCACCGAGGCCCUCACUCACGAGGGUUACGUGUACAAGUACGACAUCUCUCUGCCCGUGGGAAAGCUCUAUGACCUCGUGACUGAUAUGAGGGCUCGGCUGGGCCACAGUGCCAAAAGUGUGGUGGGCUAUGGCCACUUGGGAGAUGGGAACUUACACUUGAACAUCACGGCAGAGUCCUACAGCCAUUCCCUGCUGGAUGCAAUCGAGCCCUUUGUGUAUGAGUGGACUGCAGGAUGCAGUGGGAGCAUCAGUGCAGAGCACGGGCUGGGCUUCAAGAAGAAGCAGUUCAUUCAGUACAGCAAACCACGGCAGGCAGUGGUGCUCAUGCAGCAGUUCAAAGCCAUGCUGGACCCCAAAGGGAUCCUCAACCCCUACAAGACCCUGCCCUCAGCUCCCAAGAGGAGCCCGUGCUGAGGAGCCAGCAGAGCAGGGCAGCUCCAGCUCCGUACCUGCACCUGAGCAAGAAACACACUGGAUCAACAAGCACGUGGACUGCUCCAUGUUUGAUUUUGUUAGUGGGAUGGAACAAGUAAAGGAAUGCAGUUGCUCCUCUUGGGGGUGGUUGCUCUUUUUGGGGGGUGCCUGCUCUUGCUGAAGAACACACUGCUGGGUUUUCUACUUGGUCUGAACAUUGAAACAGAACACAGAGAUACUGAA